AUGAAUUUAAUCCCACCCCCAUCACCCCAAGACCUCUUCCUCUAUCGCUACCAACACGCCACAAACCUAGGCUCCGUCUUCGUUCUGGAAAGAUGGCUCCGCAACAGCAUGUACGACGACACCCCCGGCUCCAGUGAACUAGAAGCUAUAAAACGAUCCCUACAAAUCCGCGGCCUCCACGAAACCCGCACAAAAUGGGAAACCCUCUGGCAAACAACCCUAUCCGACGACGACCUGCACUGGCUGAAACACACCGCGCGCUGUAACUCCAUUCGUCUCCCGAUAGGAUACUUUACGCUAGGGCCGGCAUUUUGUAUCGGUACGGAUUUCGAUGGCGAGCCGGGACAAGUGUAUCUCCACUGCUGGAAUACUGUCAAACACUUGAUUGAGAAGUGCUACGCAUACGGUAUCGGGGUCUUAAUCGAUUUCCACGGUGUUCCGGGUGGCGCGAACAGUGAAGGCCAUAGCGGGACUGAUUCCGGACGAGCUGAGUUCUGGGAAAACGAGCACUACCGCGCUCUAGCGCGAGACAGCAUCGCGUUCGUUAUCCAAGAAGUCAAAUUCCAUUCCCUCCACGGCGUCAUCGGAAUCGAACUAUGCAACGAAGCAACCUGGGAUCCACCGAACUUGUACGAAUGGUACGACUCGGUCAUCGAAGUCGCAAGUGCCAUCGACCCAUCCAUACCAAUCUACAUCAGCGACGCAUGGAAUCUCUCCGCAGCGCUAGACUACGCCCUGGGCAAGAAUCACGCCACCAUACCCUGCGACAGAAGUCCCGUUAUCGUGGACACGCACAAGUACUACUGUUUCAUGGAAGAUGACAGAAACAUGCAUCCAGAUGCUAUUCGCGAACGUGUUGCGAAUGAACUAGGUGAACUAUCUGAUCGGCAGGGCAACGUGUUCGACCGGAAAUCAGCAGUCGAGGUGUAUAUCGGGGAGUAUAGCUGCGCCAUGGACCAGCAUAGUUUCGAGCAUGGCGAUCCGUCGCAACGGCCUGGGUUGACAGUUGCGUUCGGGAAUGAGCAGAGUAGAACGUGGUCGGAUAAAGCUUCGGGUUCUGCAUUUUGGACGUUUAAGAUGGAUUGGAUGGAUGGUGGGGAUUGGGGGUUUAAGGAACAGGUUAAUACCGGCGCGAUUCCGGCGCCUCCGUGGCUUGCACUCUCAAGAGAGGAAGUGCGCGAGAGGCUAGGGCAGGCUGAUAUUCAAAGAGUUGAUCAUCACGAAGAAGCCUACUCUCAACAUGUCGGGUACUGGGACUCCGCAGCCCCGGGUGUAGACUUCGAACAUGACCGCUAUUCCCGCGGAUGGGACCUUGGAUACGCCGAUGCAGGGUACUUUUUCGGUGCGUUGGUGAACGGUAUGAUCCCCGGCCAACGCGAAGGAGGUGAGAAAAUCGGUGCUCUUGACCUCUGGGUCCGGAAGAGAAUCAUCGAAACGGGCGAGGUGAAUCAGGGUCUGGGCUGGGAAUGGGAGCACGGGUUCCGAAGGGGCAUUAGUGAUUUCUACUCCAUUGUUGGGGUUUAG